AAAUGUAUUUUAUAAAUUAAAAUUAAGAUAUUUAGGAAAAAUACGUGUGUAAUGGAAACCAAACAACCAUUAGUAUUUGAAGAUAUAUCCAUUGAUGUACCUUGGGGUCAUAUUGUUGGACGCUGGUAUGGUAAUCGAAAAGUACGACCCAUUCUAGCCAUUCAUGGCUGGCAAGAUAAUCUCGGAACAUGGGAUCGUUUAAUACCUCUGCUGCCGCGUCAUAUUGGUAUUUUAUGCAUUGAUUUACCCGGUCAUGGUAGAUCUUCAAAAUAUCCCGUCGGCAUGACCUAUCAUGUUCUCGAUUACGUUCAGAUAAUAGUUAGAAUUGUUAAGGAAUACAAAUGGCGCAAAGUUUCGCUAAUGGGUCAUUCUAUGGGUGCAAUUGUUAGUUUUUUCUAUGCCGCCCUUUUUCCUCACAUGAUGGAUAUGUUAAUACAGAUAGAUAUAAUAAAAUCAAAAUAUUUUCCCGUUCAAAGGCAAAUAGAGAAAUUUAAAAUAUUGGCCGAAAGAUCUUUAAUCGAAAAUGAACGUAUGGAGGAAAUGUCGCUGAAAGAGCCACCCUCAUAUUCAUAUCAACAAUUGGAAGAUCUUUUGCACAAAGGUUCUAUGCAAUCGGUGGAGAAGGAGAAUUGUAAAUAUUUGCUAAAUAGAAGUAUUGAGAAAUCUCAAUUAUAUCCCGCCAAAUAUUAUUUUUCACGUGAUGGUCGUGUUAAGCAAUGUGUGGAGCUGCCAGGUGAUCAUGGCUUAGCUAUAGAAAUGGAACGUAUUAAGAAUAUAGCUUAUAUGAUUGUUAGAUCGGAUAAGUUGAGUUUAAUGUCAACCAUUGAUGAGGAAAUUGUUGAUAUUUUGAGAGCUAAUAACUCACAUUUGAGUAUCAGAUAUGAUGGUACCCAUCAUUUACAUUUAAAUGAUGCUGAGGCUGUGGCAGCUUUAAUUAAUCCAUUUAUUUUGAGAUAUAGACCUUUAAUACUGGACACCUGGACAGUGGAUGAUAAUGUAAAGGGUGUUAAUCAGCCGGAAAAGAAAAGUAAAUUGUAAAUUGUUAAAUGUCUGUAAAUGUGCGUGUGUGUGUAUGUACUUAAAUAAAUGUUUAAAUAAAUUAAUUG